AUGGGUUUCAAGGACGAUUUCAGAGUCGUGAUUGCAGGGGGUAGCAUUGCUGGCCUCUCACUGGCCAACAUGCUGCAGCUCUACAAUAUCGACUUUGUCGUUCUCGAGGCAUAUCCUGACAUCGCACCUCAAGUGGGAGCAAGCAUUGGAAUAUUACCACAUGGAAAUAGGAUAUUGGACCAGCUUGGCUUGCUUCAAAAAAUUCUAGAUCUGUGUCCUCCUCUGGACUCGUUUCACUUUCGUAAGGAGUCCGGCCAUGUGAUACGAGAAUUCCGAGGAAUGAAUUCCUCUAUGCAUGAGAGACAUGGCUAUCCAAUUACCUUUUUAGACAGACAAAUGGUGCUUCAAGUGUUGUAUGACAAUAUCAAGGACAAGAAAAAGGUCCUCACCAAGAAACGCGUCAAAGAGGUUGAACUCUUCGAUGAUGGUGUUACUGUCCAGACUUCUGAUGGGUCUUUCUAUUCAGGUGAUAUUCUUAUUGGUGCAGAUGGGAUUCAUAGCACUGUUAGAGGAGAAAUGUGGAGGAUUGCAAAUAAGGAGUCACCUGGGUGGAUUCCGUCCACCGAGCCUUCUGCCGUGCCAUGCGAUUAUGGAUGCAUUUUUGGGAUUUCCAACCCUUGUGGGAUUGAACCUGGUUCGUCGAACUCUGUGUUUAAGAAGCACCAGUCCUAUAUCGUGAAUGGUGGUCCAGCCGGUCGUGUGUAUUGGUUCUACUUCUUCAAACUACCAAAAAGAGUGUACGGAAGUGAUAUUCCAAAGUAUACAAAGGAAGAAGAGAAGAAACUGCUCGCUCAAAGAGCGAAUGAUAACAUCACGCCGACUAUAACAUUCAAGACUCUUUUAGAUAAGAAGAUAUCGUCAAACAUGCUUCCAUUGCAGGAAUACGUCUUCAAACAAUGGUAUUACAAGCGGAUAAUCACUAUUGGCGAUUCUGCACACAAGUUCCACCCAAUUGCAGGCCAUGGUGGCAAUGCGUGUAUUGAAUCAGCGGCUACCUUUGUCAAUGCACUCCGUAGAGCACUUGCAGAGUCGCGAGGCAGAAAGCCUACACUUGAACAGAUCGAGAAUGUAUCCGCCGAGACCCAAAGGAUUCGCCAAGCAAGAACAACGUCGCUGAAGGAACACUCGCACGAUCAACAGCGGACUGAGCUUCUGGAUACACCUUUGCAUGAGAUACUAGCUCUGCAUUUACUGCCGCGGACCGACACGGAAGAUAUAACCUUCAAUUUCUCUCGCAACAUGCCUCUCGCCGAGAAGCUAGACAGCCCUAAAUUGUGCUCCGUUCCGCGACUAGUGCCUUACAAAGAUGAGCUUCUUAGCAGCCCAGCGCCUCGAGGUAUGACAAAAUGGUACUUCACAGCAUUCUACCUAGCGAUUGCUGGCCUCGUCCAUUACGGGAUGUGGGUCUGGUCAGCUAACUAUGACCUUGGAAACCAUCUGUUGAAGGUUGUGACUACUGGUUCGUAUUCUUACGAUCCAGGAUUUACCUUGAAACGGAAGUAUAUCGGAAUCAAGCCCAUUGAUGACUAUCUUGUGUUCCUAGCCGCUGCGUAUAUGCCCGGCUUGAAGAACUGGGACCCUAAUUUCGGGACUUUGCAAAUGUACUUUCUGGGAAUGCUUGUUCAGCCUAUUGCAGUGUGGUCUGUAGAGGCAUUCCGAAAACGUAACAUGCUAACGCCAGUGUCGGUAAUAACAAUAUGGCUGACGCUUGUCCAAUGGGCUGGCAUUGGAAUCUACAUGCCGAUUUACUAUGCCAUCUAUACACUUAUUUCUGAGCCAGAAACUUACUGGUGGCCACUGAAUCGCGAGGUUCGCCCCGAAUUCGCUACUUCGCUAACAUGGGCUGUCAAUAUUGGCUAUACGCUACCCACAGUUCUCAUGUUCAUCCCGUGGGGUGACCCAGAUGUACUCCAGAAUUUCGAAGCCCUUUGGCAGGUGUCUCCAAUGUUGGUCCCUACUUUCUGUAUCAUUCUCGGGUAUUACUACAAAAAAACGCAUAGUAUUCCCAAGACAGCGCGGACGGCGAAGCAGACAUUCCCAGAUCUCCCGCAUCUCAAGAAACUUUACAUUGUGACCGGCGUGCUUGGCUUGCUUCUCCAUGUCUACAGUGUUGCUAAAAUUGUAUUGUCACCCAACCUAACUUUGGCAUCUGUUUUUUGGCCCGACUUCAGAGGGCAGGCGAAGCCAUUAGGCGAAGGUCUCAGGGCUCUUUUCUUAACCGACUUCUGGGGUUUCUAUAUCGCCACCUACGGCUGGCUCUGUAUGGCAGUGUGGGACUUGAAACGAGUCGGCCGCACAACUGUCAACGUAUGGAAGGCCUCGGCGCUCAUUGCUUUGGGAAAUUUCAUCAUUGGACCUGGUGCUACUAUGUCUGCUGUCUGGUAUUGGAGAGAGUCUGCUCUAGCUAAGACAAGUUUUUAUCGUGAAGUGGCGUAA